AUGGCCUACAUUGUUAGUCCGCAGAUCAAAAUGUCUUCUAGCGCAUUAUCGUCGAUACUUAAUAAACACAAUUUAACUGGUGAGAAUUUUACCGAUUGGAAAAGGAACUUAAAGAUCGUCCUAACCUUUGAGAAACUGAAUUUCGUACUGAAUACACCUUGUCCUCCGGAGUCACCUGUUGAUGCUCCUAAUGAGGUUUUCGUAGCGUAUCAACGCUGGAAGGACUCUAACGAUAUGACUCGCUGUUAUAUGAUGGCGAGCAUGUCCAUUGUGCUACAAGCACAACAUGAAGAUUACAUAACUGCUCGUCAGAUUAUCGAUAAUCUUGAGGACAUGUUCGGUGGCCAAGCCGCUGAAAAACGUCGGGAAGCCCUUAGUAACCUCAUUAACUGCAUACAGAAGGUUGGGUCUUCCAUAAACGAACAUAUGCUGAAGGUGAUGGGCUAUUUGGCUGAAGUUCAGACCAAUGGGGCCGACAUCGAUGCUGAGUCUUAUAUGAAUAAUGUCAGUGACAUGAAAUCUCUGGCUUCUUCAAAGUUGACGUCCCAUGUGUAUUGCUUUUCUGGUCAAAAGGGUAUAGUUGGAUUGGCUUCUACUCGGGUUCUCCAGAACAAAAAAUAA